AUGGCACCACAGCCGCCUAAUUACCAGCCGCUUUUUGAACCGAACGUCAGCGGACCAUCAACAUCGGCGACACCUGCGGUCGCAGCGCCGACACCGAAUUCGCGUCACAGAGUGAUAAUGCAAUGGGAGAAGGAAAGCAAGAUCAAGACCUGCAAAUGCAAGAUCUGUGAUGGGCGUGUCAAGAAGUUCUGCCACCGCUGCCGAAGCUGUGGCAGGCGCAUUUGCUCUGAAUGUAGCGAGGAAGAAGGACAAAGCGUCGCAAUCUACAAGGAGAUAGCUCGCGACUAUCUACAGGAUGGCUGCUGGUGUGGAUUCCGUUCGAACUUCAACUCCGCUUUUCGAGAUCGCAUACCACAGGCUUCGGCGACUAAGCCUGUUGUGACACCUGCACCGGUAGAGAGCAAGAAGAGAAAGAGAAAGCAGUCCAUCAAGGCCAGUGCUGAUGAUGAGCCCUCCACAGGUGCCAGACUUGAGCUGGCAGGUCCAAAUGACAGCCACGUCGAGCACGUGCCCUCAGUCCAGGCAGAAUCCUCCGCGAGAUCGCACGAAGACGAUCGAGCGCCUGACCAGGAUGCAGAGGGUCUACAUAUAUCAUCGUCCCGUGGGCCAGCAAAUGUGUCCCGAGGGGAUGCUAUAUCAGACGACGAGACAUCUCAGGAGCCUGCAGCAAAGAAAGUAAAGAUCGCGCCACUGAAAGAAGUACACCAGUCAGAAGCGCGGCAGAAAGUGCUCGAGCCCAUUCCGCCGCCGACAGAAGAGGUACCUGCGCCCGGACAUACUUCUGCUGUCAUACCGCUGGAGACCGUCAAGUCUUCCGAGCUAGCGGCACAGGAGAUGAAGAGCGUCAAGAGAGCAUCAAGAAGGCCCAACGCAUGCGAUCCUGAGAAUAUCCAAGCUUCGGACGUACCAAGAGCCACCAGCUCGCGCAAGAAGCAGGGAAAGGAGCCAGAGCCACGGAAUAUCGUCAUCAUCGGUGCAGGUGUCAUAGGCAUGUUCAUCGCGCUCGAGCUUGCCAAGGGUGCAUAUGCCAGUGGCGAGAAGCAGCUCAUCACCGUAGUGGACAUCAACACCAGGCCCUGUUCUCUCGCGUCGGGACAAUGUGCUGGCUUCCUCACAGUGCGCAACAUGCCAGGGUCCUGGUUGCCUUUGGUCGACGCAGCAGCACCAAUCUGGGGUGAUCUGAUAGACUCCGAGGAAUUCCGCAAUGCCGUUGGGUUCAGGCAUGAAGUCUUCACCCCCGCCGAGACUGGCAACAAGCGCGGUCAUCCGACUUCGUGGCUGAACGAUGCUCUCCGCAAGAAAGUGGUACACGAUGAGGACAGCCUGGGCUUACUGAACAGCAUAAGCCUGGCCAUGUGGCUUAAGAAUCAGUGUGAAGGUUACGGCGUAGUCUUUCGCUUCAACAGCCACCCCACCAAAGUCGCGCAAGAUCGAGCUGGCAACAUCACUGGUGUAAAGAUCCAGAGUGUUGAUGCCGAUGCUGCUACUGCGGAAGCGUUGAAAUGCUCACAUCUGGUGCUAGCGGCUGGACCUUUCACGAAAACGCUCUUUCACCAGCUGUUCCCAAGCAGUCCAGCACACCUUGGAAAUCGAGUCCACACCACAGAGUGGCUAGAAAUAGCGCAUCCCAGUAUGGUAAUGGAGCAGGAGGCUGGAGUCAUGAUCCCUGGUCCCACAGCCGAGGAUGACGCUUUCGUAGGAGACGUAGGUUUCGUCGUGGACCCAUCAAAGCAGGCGCUAAAGAUAUCCUGCUCGCGAAAACCUGCUCGUGCCAGCGAGCUGAAACAGCGUGAUGCUCUGGAAAGACGGCACACCAGCGCUGCAGCACUAAGUGAAGUCGCCGACAGGCACCUCAAUCCCGCAAAAGCCGUCAUUGGUGAUCAGAGCAAGAUCAUAGCGCAUGGCCUGGCGUACGUCAGCACAGGUCCUGGCCGUGCUCCGGUCAUCGGGCGAGUGCGACCACAGCUCUUAGAUCCGACCAGUGACUCAGCCGAUGGUGGCACCGUAUGGCUUUGCUACGGUUUUGGCAACCUCGGGACCACGGUCGCUCCUGGGGUGGGCGCCGCAGUUGCAGAGAAUUUAUAUAGGGGCCAUCCUACGAUCGACUUAGGCGACUUCGCAGUCCUGCACAAGCUGUAA